CCCAUUUCUUUCUCUGAGGUCUCUUUGUAUAGGUGAAGCAGGGAUGAAACUACUUUUACUAGCCACUUUUGCACUUUUUGUGCUCUCUGCUUUUGACCAGGCAGAUGCAUCAGCCUAUGACAAGAUAGUUGCACAUAGCCGUAUCCGUGCAAAGAAAGAAGGACCGAACGUGUGCGCUCUCCAGCAGGUUAUGGGGACCAAGAAGAAAUACUUCAGCACUUGCCGUAAUUGGUACCAGGGGUCCAUCUGUGGAAAGAAAGCGACUGUGUUGUAUGAAUGUUGCCCAGGUUACAUGAAGCUUGAUGGCAUGCCAGGCUGUCCUGCAGUUGCCCCCAUUGGAAAUGUUUACGAAACUCUCGGCUUGGUCAAAGCCACAAAUACCCAGGAAUACUCCGCUCUAUCCAAGUUACGGGAAGAGAUUGAAGGCGAUGGAUCGUACACCUUCUUUGCACCCAGUAAUGAAGCCUGGGAUCUUCUUGAUGCGGAGGUGAGGAAUGCUCUGGUGAGCAAUGUCAACAUCGAGCUGUACAAUGCUCUACACUACCACAUGGUCAACAAACGUCUCCUCACCAAAGACCUGAAGAAUGGGAUGACUCCAACCUCCAUGUACAAUGACUUGAACCUGCUCAUUAAUCAUUACUCCAAUGGGAUUGUGACCGUGAACUGUGCGAGGAUCAUUCACGGCAACCAAGUGGCCACCAACGGUGUGGUGCACGUACUUGAUCGUGUCAUCACUGCGGUUGGCAACACCAUUCAGGACGUCAUUGAAGUAGAAGAUGAGCUGAGCACUUUGAGCACUGUGGCUACUGCUUCUGGUCUGAUCGAAAAGCUGGGUCAAUCUGGACACUUCACCUUGUUCGCCCCGACCAACGAUGCCUUUGAAAAGCUGGACAGAACGGUCCUGGAUAGACUUAUGGAGGACAAGGAUUCCCUCCAAGCUCUCUUCAACUACCAUCUGCUGAACUCGGUUCAGUGUUCCGAGGCCAUAAUGUCCGGUACCUCAUACGAGACCCUGGAGGGGAGCAACAUCGAGAUCGGCUGUGAUGGAGACAGUCUCACAGUCAACGGCAUCAAGAUGGUGCUUAAGAAGGACAUUGUCACCAGCAAUGGAGUCAUCCACCUCAUCGACGAAGUCCUCAUGCCAGACUCUGCUAAGCAGGUUAUGGAGUUGGUUGGACAGUCUCAGAGCACUUUUGGUGACAUGUUGAUAGAACUGGGCUUGGCCUCCGCUAUGAGACCCAAGACUGAGUACACGCUUCUGGCUCCACUCAACGUGGCCUUCAAUGAUGAGGUAAUGUCCAUGGACCAGAGCUUCCUCAAGAUCAUCCUGGAAAACCACGUCCUGAAGAACAAGAUUGUGUUGAGCGAGCUGUUCAACGGUCAACUUCUGGAAACCCUGGCAGGGAAAUUUCUCAGAGUCUUUGUCUAUCGUACAGCCGUCUGCAUUGAGAACGCCUGCCUGAUCCGCGGAAGCAAAGAGGGCAGUAACGGAGCUCUCCAUCUUAUGAAGACUCUCAUCACGCCUGCAGAGUCUAACAUGUACCAACUUCUGGUGAAAAAUGGAGGCUUCAGGAUCUUUUUAUCUCUGAUGGAGGCGGCUGGACUGACUGAUCUGCUGAAACAGGAUGGAGAUUUUACACUCUUCGCCCCGACGGAUGAGGCCUUUGCAGGGCUCAGCGAAAGAGACUUGUCUCUUCUGAAGAGUGAUGCCAAUGCCCUCAGAGCCAUUCUGCUCUAUCACUUCAGUAGGGGCGUCUUCAUUGGCGGAGGUUUGGAAACCAACGUCACUAACCUUCUCAAAUCCCUGCAGGGCAGCAAUCUCAAAGUUUUGUUCGCAAAGGAGGGGAUGCAAGUGAAUAGCGUUAAAAUCCCGGAGUCCGAUCAAAUGGCCACAAACGGAGUCGUUCACUUUGUCCGGACACUUCUGUACCCUGAGGAUAUUCCUGUCGGCAGCCAGGAACUCCUUUCACUCCUGAGACGUAUUAUCCGAUACAUUCAGAUUAAGUUUGUUUCUGGAUACAGAUUUCAGGAGAUUCCUCUGACAUUUAUGACAAGUUUCUCUUUUAUUCCUUUAGGAAGAAUCAUCACAGUCCCCGGUGAUGUCACAAAAGUCACCAGAAUUAUCGAGGGAGAGCCCACUAUCACCAAAGUGACACGGGUUAUUGAGGGCGAGCCGACUUUUACAAAGGUUACCCGCCGGAUUGAAGGUGAACCAAAAUUAACUAAGGUUACCAGGAUAAUCGAAGGGGAACCUACUAUCACCAAAGUCACCAGGGUUGUUGAAGGUCCCGAGUACUCUGUCGGCAGCUCCUAUAAUAUGGAGCUUUAUGAUUUUGGAGACAAUCCCGAUAACAUCAGUAAAAUGAUCGAAGAGGGAACAAGAAGAGUCCCUGGAAGAAGAGUGCAAGGAACACGGAGGAGAACUAGAAAUGUCCAUGCGAGAAACGAACAGUGAACAACAAAAACACGACCCGAAGAGCAAACAAGAGGUUUAAGGAAUAAACAAUAUAUUUCCUUACGCGUGCAAUGGUUCAGAACCUACCAUGUUGGAGUUGGAUUCAAAGAAAAAGGCAUAAAAACCCAUUAGCGAUUUUACUUGUUUCUUAUGUCCUCCAAAGACGAAAUCAUGUUUUUUUCAAUUAAUUUUUUUAACCCUUCCCUAUGUGUAUGUAAAUAUUUUUUUUAUUUUUUUUGUAAAGAGUGGUAACUAAAGCCUUAGUUAAAAAAAAAUCAAUGUCUAGCAUUUAAGCCUGCAAUAUGACUAGUUUUGGGGCUUUGCCAUUGCAUGUACUAUAAUUUUAUGGUGCUCUUGUUUAGAUGGCGUAAAAUCUUAAAUAAAGAAUGAAUUCAUAUUUGGAAUGUUUUGAUAAAAUGUGAUUUUUCUUUUCUGUAGGGGUAGUGGUUGGUUUUUCUUCUUGUUUUGAGUGUGUAUUCUUAAAUGUGUAUACUUUUCUAAAACGUAUGAACAAAUUUAUCACAUGCUGCAUAAUGCAUCCAUUGAAAACGAAUUUUCUCAUUAUCAAUUUAAUAGAUAAAAAAAACUAUUGGAAUCUUUUGUUUCAUAUUUUCCUUAAUAAAUGUUUAGAUGUA